GGAAAAUUAUAAAUGAUUUCAACGACACGGCUAUUUACUCAUGCACAUUAUAAAUAUAAGGCUAAAGUUAAGAUGUCAGUUCAAACGGACUGGUAAGAAAACAAAGAUGAGUUGUUUUGUGCCAUAACCUCACGACUUGAAGAAGUGAUGCGUAGAAAAUUUUCUUCCCAAGAGGAAAAUCUUUUGUCCCUAAAGUACACAAUUGACCUUUUUGGAUAUAUCGAUCCGGUUGGAGCGAUGGAUUUAAAUAACUGGAUAGGUAGUUUUGCAAAGACACUGGUCGAGGAGGUAGCUCCUAUUUAAAGAUUUGCUUCUCAUUAAGUUGGAUGAUCUAGUGAUCGAAGGAUGUGACACAGAUCAUGCUGCUGAAGUUUCUUUCACUCCAUGGUCUGCUAUGAGGAAGCUGGACUUCACCAUUGUCCACUCAUGCAGUUUUGUUUUUUUGUAGAUAAUACAAUUGCUUCUGUAGGAUAAAAUGAAUUGUGCAACAGGGAAGAGACUGCAGCUGAGCCAGGUUCUGCUUCUGCUCUCUGGGGUUUUCCUCUACCAGCUGACCAUCAGUGCCAGACUCUAUGAGCCUUUGCCAGUGUCUCAGAGUGGAGAUGAUUUUGGAGAAGAUUCAACAGAAGGGAUUCGGGAGGUUACAGUGGAGACUCAAGGGCUUGAGGAACCUCUCACUGCAGCACAUGAAUUAGAGCCCACAGAUCAAAUCACACUGGACAUGCAUAUGGUAAAUCAUCUGAAUACAACUACAGAUUUUAAAGCAUCCACCCCGACUGAAUCUCCACCACUUCCAGGUGAAAGGGGUGAAUACCCUAAAGAUAUCUUUUCUGUUGAAGAACGCAGACGAGGAUGGGUGGUCCUCCACAUUUUUGGGAUGUUAUACAUGUUUGUGUCACUUGCAAUUGUGUGUGAUGAGUUCUUUGUUCCCGCGCUGGAAGUAAUCACAGAGAAGUUAGGCAUCUCUGACGAUGUGACAGGAGCCACCUUCAUGGCUGCCGGAAGAUCCACCCCUAAGUUUUUUGCCUACCUCAUAGGGGUCUUCAUCGCCCACAGCAAUGUGGGCAUUGACACAAUAGUUGGCUCUGCAAUUUUCAACAUUUUGUUUGUAAUUGGAAUGUGUGCGUUGUUUUCUCGAGAGGUACUUCAUCUGACCUGGUGGCCACUUUUGAGAGAUGUAUCCUUCUACAUAUUUGACCUCAUCUUGCUCAUCAUCUUCUUCUUGGAUAAUGUCAUAAUGUGGUGGGAGAGCAUGAUGCUGGUGGCUGGUUACACUGUCUAUGUGAUCUUCAUGAAGUUUAAUGUGCAAAUAGAGCAGGCCGUCAAGACCCAACUCUACAAACACAAGAAUAUUGUUAAAGUCAUUGCUGUGGAGGAACCUGAAAAGGUAAGCACUACUGUGACAAAACAUGACCAUAUUUGUUUUUCUUUUUUCAAUGUCAUACUAGUGGACACACCUGCAGGAGAGGAUGGGUCAGGGGGCCCGGAAGAAUCUGACAGUGAUAAAGAAGAAAACAAUAAAGACAGUGAUGAGUCCAGUAAAAAUGAUUGUGAGAACAAAGACGGGGAGGAAGAAGAAGAAGAGAAAAAGGAUAAGCCCCUGUCUUUAGAGUGGCCUGACACACGAUGUAAACAAGCCAUCUACCUCUUCCUUCUACCUAUAGUCUUCCCUCUGUGGCUCACAGUUCCUGAUGUCCGCAAACAGAAAUCCAGAAAAUUCUUUGUGGUCACCUUCCUGGGCUGUAUUCUGUGGAUUGCUGUCUUCUCCUACCUCAUUGUGUGGUGGGCCUAUCGGAUAAGUGAGACCGUCGGCAUCUCACAUCAGAUUAUGACCAUCCUGGCUGCAGAGAUAUCCAUCCCUGAUCUCAUUACCAGUGUGAUUGUUGCACGUAAAGGUCAGGGAGACAUGGCCGUAUCAAGCUGUGUGGGCAGUAACAUCUUUGACAUCACUGCGGGCAUGCCAGUCCCAUGGCUUCUGUACUCAUCCAUUCACAGUUCGGCUCCAGUGGCUGUCAGCAGCAAUGGGCUCCUUUUAGCCGUCGUGCUCCUCUUCCUCAUGCUCCUCUUUGUCAUCAUCAUUGCAUCCUGUAAGUGGAAGAUGAAUAAGCUGCUGGGUUGCAUCAUGCUCCUGCUCUACUUUCUCUUCCUCCUGCUUCGUGUGAUGGUGCAGUAGCACAACAUUAACUUCGCUGGGUGGGCAAAAGGGCAUAAAGUUUUUGUAUAUGUUUAUAUAUGCUCGUGAAAUUGCUUAUGCUUUUGUAUGCUUAUGUAUAUGUUUUCUCUUUUUUUUGACAAUUACUCCUUGAUUUGCACAGGCACAGACCAAAGUAUAUCUACUUAAAUGCCGACAUUUACAGCAAUAUCCAAACACAAGCAAUAUCCAAACACAUUAAAACCUACUUCUGCAUCUAUAUUACAUUGUAACAUUCAGGGUUAGCAAUUAGGAUUGCUUGAUGUGAGUCAGCUGGUCACUGGACACAGGAUGCAAUGUGCCCACAGGCUGCAGAAACAUUUGUAUUGUUUCACCAGCAAAGAGAAGAUAACUUACUGGGCUCCGUGCAGAGCUAUUAUCUCUCCUCCCCUCAUAAACCUGCUGCAGCAUUGCCUACUCCCAAAAUAUGACCUGUGAUUUAAGUGGAAAGGCUUGAAAUGUAUAGGCAGAGACAUAUUUGGUCAUUUUCACCCUUCUACUAUCUAUUUUAAAUAAUCUGACUCACCAUAAGAUUUUAUGUAAUAUUUACCCACAUUUUUUUACAUCAAAAAUAUAGUCUUUUUAAAAAAAA